UAUAGGUUUAAUGGCGAUGAAAGCAGUAAAGGGAACUUCAAGCCCCAAAUAUACUCAAACACUUCCUUUACAUAUAGAUAUUUGUGGAAAAUGAAGCUUGAAAUUGAAGUAAUCUCCAAAGAGAUAAUCAAACCAUCGUCUCCAACCCCAGAUCAUCUUCGCCAUUACAAGCUCUCUUUUCUUGAUCAAAUCUCUCCUCCUGUCUAUAACCCUUUACUUCUCUUCUAUCCAACAGACGGUAGAGUUAAAUCCAAUAAUGCCCAGAAAUACGACCAGCUUAAGCAAUCCUUAUCUCAGGUCUUAACCUAUUACUAUCCGUUAGCUGGCCGUAUCAAGGAUAAUAAUCUCGUGGACUGCAACGACGAGGGCGUUCCUUUCUUGCAGGCACAAGCGAUUGCCUGCAGACUUUCAGAUGCUGUGAAUAACCCAAUGCCAACUGAAUUCAGGAAGUUACUUCCAUUUGAAUUAGAUGAACCUCAAGAAUUUGCGUUCGGCAUCCAACUCAACAUCUUUGAUUGCGGUGGUAUUUGCAUCGCCUUUUGCCUCUCCCACAAGAUUGCAGAUGCAUUAUCAACAUUAGUUUUUCUCAAAACUUGGGCUGCCAUUACUCGUGGAGAAACUGAUGAUAUAGUAUGCCCAGAAUUCAUCUCGGCCACUCUUUUCCCUCCUAAGAAUUUAUCAGGGUUUAAUCCAGCCAUUGGUAUCACUAAAGAAAAUGUUGUCACAAAGAGGUUUGUGUUCAGGCUUUCCUCAAUAGAGUCUCUGAUAGAGAAAUAUUCUACAAGUACUACAAGCAUAGAGAAUCAACAGCAGAAAUCACCGUCACGAAUUGAGGCGUUAUCAGUUUUCAUAUGGAGUCGCUUCAUGGCUGCUACCAAAGUGGAGUCAGAGCCUGGUAGGGUAUACCUGAUGCUUCACGCUGUAAACCUGCGUACCAGGAUGAAUCCGCAAUUGCCAGAGCACUCUUUUGGGAACUAUUAUCGGGUUGCUAUAACAAUUCCAUCUUCAGAUACUGAGGAAGAAAGUUAUAACCUUGUCAGACGGAUGAGAGAUUCAAUAAGUAAAAUUGAUAAAGACUAUGUGAAGAAACUCCAAGACGGGAAUGAACACUUGCAUUUCAUCAAAGAGAGAGCUGAAAGUUUCACUAGAGGUGAAAUGGCUACUCUUAACUUUACCAGUUUGUGCAGGUUCCCUUUAUAUGAAGCUGAUUUUGGGUGGAGUAAACCUAUAUGGGCAGGUGCCCCUAGCCUAACUUUCAAGAAUCUAGUUGUUUUCAUGGACACAGUUUCUGGAGAUGGAAUAGAAGCACUGACACAUCUAAAAGAGGAAGACAUGGCCAAAUUCCAAGAGGAUCAAGAGUUGCUUCAGUUUGCUACAGGCUAACUAGUAAAGACUGUAUCCAGAGAUAUAUAAAUCUACAAGAAUCGUAGACUACUGGGCAUUAUCUGCUCAAAUUUACGAAGAUAUCAUAGGACUAAUAAUGGCUAUUUUGCUUGUAAGUGUUAUUGUAAUUAAUUAUGUUUUACUGAUGAUAUGCUCUACUUGAGCAUUAUCUAUUCCUUUCUUCCUCAAUGUUUCUUUUUUCUUCUGUAAAUUCAUGCAUCAAUGUUACAUUCAUGGGAAAUCCGAAAUAUGGAACUUCUUACUUUCACAAAGGGAAUUAAUUUUACUAAAGUUGAGUGGUG